CGUCAAUCGAUGGCGUUUCCGCUGUAUUUAUAUGAAUCCGGAAUCCGCCAUCUUUCAAUUCUGGCUAAACCUGGUUAACGUAGUCUCGUUUAGAAAAUCGUUUUUUGUGUUCAUUACGGGAUUAUUACGUUAUUGAGUUCUCAAAAGUAGCAGGUUUUGAAGAUUAUCAGUAGGAGAUUAUACAAAGGUUUGAGCCAUGAGGGGUCGCGGUGGUCCUAGGGGAUCUUACUAUAGAGGCUCUAGUAGAGGGAGCUCUUGGGGAAACAGUCGUGGCAGCUACAGGGGCCAUGAUGGUGGAGGUAGGGGAGGAAGAUACAUGUCAGGAUCAGAUAGAAGUUUUGAUAACAGGAGCAAAUAUGGAGGCUCUUCUGAAAGGUUCUCUUCUUCAAGACCGUCUCACUCUGACGAGUACAAGUCCUAUAGAUCAGAAUCCAGCUAUAUGGGACGUGAUGGUGGUAGAAGGCCAUCUCCUGAUAGAAAAAGAAUACGGAUGGAGGGUUCCAGCUCAAGACACGAAACUUCUUACAACAGCAGCAGUAGCUACAGGCAUGAUGGCCCACCCUCUUCUGGUUACCAUGAACGCAGUAGUCGCGGAUACUCUGGUGAAAGACAUGGCCCCCCUGUUUCGUCAUCCCUUUAUCCACGUAGAGAUGACUUCAGAAGCCCUAGAGGCUCUUAUAGGGGACGAUUGAGCAGCUCCAGAGGGGCUAGGGGCACCAGAGAUAGACCUCAAAGGAGACUUGCAGAGGGCUCUUACACUAUCAGAAGAAGGUUGCCUCCAAGGAUAUCUGAAUUCAGUCGUAGAGCCAAGAUAUCAAGGCUGAGAAGCAUGAUUGCAGAACGUAGAGCGCCAAAAAGAAGGCUUAGUGAAAGGAUGGAUUCUGAUGACGAAAAGAAAGAUGAUCAAGAAGGAGAAAGUGAGGAAAAGUCUCCAAAGAAAGAGGGAUCCGAGAAGGAUGCAAAAUCCGAGAGCGGCGAAGACAAGCCAAAGAAAGGGUCAGGUUUCAUCAAGCUGCACUGCGUCCACUGCGGUUUCAAAUCGUUAACGUUCCACCGCUACGAAACGCAUCUCCGUCAGAAGAUGCACGUAAUGGCGAUGCGUCGACUCGCCUACAGGCAGAAAAACAUCUUAGCGCAGAUGCGUCAUGCGCAACGCAGUACUCAAAAUGAAAUUGAAAAGGAGGACGAUGACCUUACUGACACUACUCAUUACUGCAUGUUGUGCAAGCUCAACUACAAGCAGAAGAAGAGCGUCCACCAGCUGUCAGAGUCCCAUAAGAACAUGAAGAAGUUCCUUAUGCCUACGUGCAAGGUGUGCGACAUCGAUUUCAAAAGUCCCAUGAGCUACGAGGGGCAUCUUUGCUCUAUUGAUCACAUGAAGACAAAGCAAAGGUCGCAUAUUGCUGGGUCUGACUCUGGCGAGGAGAAUGAACUGGAAAACUUCACCACUAUUGAUGCUGUUGAUGGUGGAGAUGGAUCUGAUGCGGAGGAAGCCGAGAAGGAAGUGAAGAAAGAGAAGACAGAGAAGAAAAAAUCUGUUUGCGUAGGCAUCGAGCAGAUCCGUGUGGUCCAAGCUCAUUAUUGCGACCUGUGCAGGAUGUAUCUACCGCGCGGCGAUGAUGAAGAAGAAAUGAACAAGAUCAUAGCCAGGCAUUGCAAAAUGCGCAACCAUAUGCAGAAGUAUGUCAGACACAAGGAGAGGCAGGCUUUAGAAAAGAAGGCCGAAAAGUUGCAGAGGAAAGAGUUGGAAGAGAAACAAGGGAAAAGUGAGGAAGAUGGGGACAAGUUGAAGGAGGAGAAAAAGGAUGAUAGUAAAGAUGGUGAGGAUGAUAAACUAUGGGCUGAUGUUGAUAAAGAUUUGGGUGAUAUUUUAGCUGAAGCUGAAACUGGAAAUAAGAGCUCCGACGAGGAUGAGGACGAUUCUCACGUUAAUGGAGAAAGAUAUGACAGGUUCAAGCUAAGUGAAAAGUUGGAUGACGACAAGAUAAUGAAAGAGGACGAAGAAUCAAUUUUGGAUAACAAACCGGAGUUGAAGGAGAAGCUAACACAAUGAACAGUAUACCGAAUAAUUUCUAAAUAAACUUUAUAGUGUUUGUAAGUUAAAUGGUUUAUCAUUUUCUCGUUUUCCAAUUUAGUGGUUGACAUAUUGUAUUUGUAUAAGGACUUACUAGUUACAUGAAUGUCUAAUAAUCACAAAAUAAAUAUGAUAUAUAGUGUA